AUGGGCUCUAGCUCUAGCUCUAGCCCUGUCAUACGCUUUGGCAUCGAGCUCGAACUGCUCCUUGCUAGCACCGCGAAUAAACACAAUUCCUGGGACUCCCUCGCGCGCGAUCUCAGUGAGAAACUGAUAGCUGCUGGCGUCCCCAACCACGUCGGCGACGACCACACCUACGCCGAGUGGUCCAUCGUUCAUGAGAUUACGGUCAAGGAUCAUAAUCCAUACCAUUACGGCGUCGAACUCGUCUCUCCUAUCUACACCACUUCGGAAAUAUCCACUUUCCACAACACCCUCGUAACCAUCUUCGAUCUCCUUAACUCCUGCCCGAACGACAUCUCUCUUAUCCCCACCGACCGCGCCUCCUCCCACAUCCAUCUCUCGCGUGACCCACCACUGUCCGCGGAAGAAGCAGCCCGGCUCGCCAAAGCCACGCUGUACUAUGAAUUGGCACUCGACUCAUUAAUCCUUAGGGAGCUGGGCAGCGGUAGGACGACAUAUUGGGCGCAGUCUAACCGGGCGCCGGGGGCCAAUCCGGUGUUGCACGAGCUGGAAACCUGCUGUGCGAUGAACAGGAUUGAUAUGGCUAUGGGCCGUGGCGACGGUGGCGUUGUUGGUGUUGGCGUGGUUGUGAUAGAUACUGCAGGGGCUGGUCCUACUUCUGGGGCUCAACCGACUUGCGGGAUCUAUCCCGGGGGGUCGGAAGAUCUAGUGCGUCUGGCUAAAGUGGUUAUGGCCGUAAACAUGGUUUCGAGGGACUCGCGUAUGGCAUUGUGCUGUGGCCAUUUGGGGGCGCAUUUUGUCCGUGGCAAGACGUAUAAGUGGGACUUUUCGGGGCUGCUGUCCGUGGCUGCUAAGCAGGCUUUGGCGUCCACCGCGGAGUCCCCCGGUAUCCCAAACACUGUCGAGUUUCGCCAGCCGCCAGGAAGUAAGUCGGCGGAAGAUGCGUUGAAGUGGGUGGUGCUGGCCGUGGCGUUCUUUGCCGGGGCCGUGAAGCCCGAAGUGGAGGGUUCAACAAAGGCUUUGGACAUCGUCUUGAAACUUGGGGAGGAGGAGGUAGGGUGGGAGCACUUGGGCGGGUUGAAGCUUUUCGAGGGUAAUGAAGCCCUAUGA